CCUCCUAAGAUCUCCCAAAAAAGAAAAAAGAAAAAUGCGAGCGAAGCAAAUGCCAUCGUCCUCCACCAGAUCCAAAUCCCAACUCCUCCUCCUCUUCUCCGUCCUCUCUCUCCUUGCCAUCUCUUUCCCCUUCUUCUUCUUCUCUUCUCCCUCUCAUCCCACCGCCUCCUCCUCCACCUAUACCCACCCGCACCCCCGCGUCCCACCCGAAACCUCCUUCGUCGCUUCCCUCGAGAACUUCCUCACCCACAAGGCUCCCACCUACCGCACUUCCGACGAUACGGUGCGUUCAGCUCUCCAUGAUGACGUAACGAGCUUCGACGAUCGACAGUUCGCCAAGGAAAUGGAUUGGGUGCACCGAGAUCCGUACUACCCGCUGAAUUUCCCGAUUAGGGUUUACGUUUACGAUAUGCCGAAGAAGUUCACCUUCGAUUUGCUUUGGUUGUUUCGGAAUACUUACCGAGGAACAUCUAAUCUAACCUCCAACGGUAGCCCUGUUCACCGUUUGAUCGAGCAGCAUUCUAUUGAUUAUUGGCUGUGGGCGGAUUUGAUUGCACCUGAAUCUGAAAGGCUUUUGAAAAAUGUUGUGAGAGUUGAUAGGCAGGAGGAGGCAGAUUUGUUUUACGUGCCGUUUUUCACCACAAUUAGUUUUUUCUUGUUGGAGAAGCAACAAUGCAAGGCCUUAUAUAGGGAAGCCCUGAAAUGGGUGACAUAUCAGCCUGCAUGGAAACGAUCUGAAGGAAGGGACCACAUAUUUCCCAUUCAUCAUCCAUGGUCCUUUAAGUCGGUUCGCAGAUAUGUGAAAAAUGCAAUUUGGCUUUUACCAGAUAUGGACUCCACAGGGAAUUGGUACAAGCCAGGGCAAGUUUCACUGGAGAAAGACCUUAUUCUCCCAUAUGUUGCAAAUGUUGAUUUAUGUGAUGCAAAUUGUGUGUCCGAAAGUGAAUCCAAGAGAACCACACUGGUCUUCUUCCGUGGACGACUAAAGAGAAAUGCUGGAGGAAAGAUACGUUCUAAACUUGUAACAGAAUUAGCAGAUGCAAAGGAUGUAGUGAUAGAAGAAGGAACAGUUGGGGAGCAAGGGAAAGCUGCUGCUCAAAAGGGGAUGCGCACGUCUACAUUUUGUUUAAGUCCAGCUGGCGAUACUCCUUCCUCUGCUAGAUUGUUUGAUGCUAUUGUUAGUGGGUGUAUCCCUGUUAUUAUUAGCGAUGAAUUGGAGCUUCCUUUUGAAGGAAUACUAGAUUAUAGAAAGAUAGCUAUAUUUGUUUCUUCAACUGACUCUGUGCAACCUGGUUGGCUGCUAACAUAUUUAAAAGGCAUUAGCUCUACUCAGAUCAGAGAAAUGAGGAAGAAUCUUGUGGAGUUCUCAAGGCAUUUUGUGUACUCUAGUCCAGCUCAACCCUUGGGUCCAGAAGAUUUGGUUUGGAGACUGAUGGGUGGUAAGUUGGUGAACAUCAAGCUUCAUACUAGGAGAUCACAGCGUGUUGUUAAAGAAUCAAGAAGUGUCUGCAGCUGUGAUUGCAGGCGUGGCAAUAUUACCGGUUCUCAUAGGUCUCUCCCCGUUUGAAGGUGCUAUUAGAUUCUUGUAGAGUCCAUCCCCUUCCAAAAACAUUUUGUUUGAUGUUUUUGAUUUGGCUGCUCGUGCAAGCAUGCUUGUUGUUAUGUCUUGCUUCUUUUGAUUUGAUAUUCCCACUGUUGAAUUAUAUGUCUACAGUUGGAAGUUUGUUUGGUAUAUGGAUGGAUUGGACAAAAUUGAGCUAAAAAAGUCUUGGUUAAAUA